AUGAGUAUUAUAAAACAUGGAGGGUCGCAACUUAAGACGUCCGUUGAAGUGGCGGAAGCCCUAAUACAGGAGCACAAGGCUUUCACAGCGUCUUUGCGUACCUGUGUAAACCGCUUGGAUGCCCUGACCCGUUCCGGAAAUGAGUUAGCUGCCCAGGACCAGCUGCAUCGCGACCGAAUUCUCGACAAACUGUCCACACUGAAGUCGCGGCUGAAUAACAACGCGAAACGAUCAGAGCUUCGCGGCCGGGUCCUAGAAGAAAACUUCCGUCUGCAGGAGUAUUUCCGAGAAGUUGACGAGAUCGAAGACUGGAUAAGCGAAAAGUCUCAAGUUUUGGACUCUCUGUCUAUGUUCGCAAAGCACGACGUUGUGAGCUUGUUUACGAAAGUGCAGGCUCUUCAAGAUGAAAUUGAAAUUACUCGGGAGACUGCGGAUAAAGUAGUCAAGCAUGGACGUCAGCUAGUUGAUGAGUACGCCCACCUGGAACCUCCAGUAAACGAGCGCACCGAAAAACUACGUUUGCAUUGGGACGAACUGGUUCAGAAUACUCAAGAUGCCAUUUUAGCUCUGAGCCAUUCUCAGACAGAAACAGAUUACGCUGACAUGCUUGCUCGCCGGGAUCCGCGGCGCGCCUACGAAUUGAAGGCUGUUGUGGAUACGCUGAGUAAG